GAAAGGGGCUGUACUCUUUGGUACUCCGUCCGGCAGUCGAUUCGAUUUGUGUGCUCGCAUGACAGCCGGGAAGUACAACUGUUUUAGCAGCCUAGCGACAGUUUCGGUCACCACAUAUAAUUUCAUUCAUUCAUUGGUAGUAUUUUUGCCGCAAUUAAUAACAACCACGAUCCACAGUUAAUUCUGCAUUGGCUAGUUAUUGAACUGAUCUGUAGUGAGACUGAACAUUCUGGCGAGCUGACGCCUGCUAUCUGCUCGGGUGAAAAUCGCGGAAAGGAACUGAAAUUAUUGCUGCUGUAUAUACAGUUAAAAUGAACGAGACGGAGUACCCUCUCCCCCUUACAGAGUAUGACUUCGAACGACGAUUUGACGAGAGGGGUGCGAUCGAAUGGAUGCAAGAAAACUGGAGCAAGUCCUUCGUGUUCUGCGGCCUGUACGCGGCGCUGGUGUUCGGGGGCCAGCACUUCAUGCGGGAGCGGCAGAAGCUGGAGCUACGCAAGCCACUGGUGAUCUGGUCACUCAGCCUCGCCAUCUUCAGCAUCAUCGGGGCUGUGCGGACCGGCUCAUACAUGCUGCACGUCCUCUACAACAGCGGCUUCAAGCAGUCCGUGUGCGACCAGAGCUUCUACCGCGCCCCCGUCAGCAAGUUCUGGGCGUAUGCUUUCGUCCUCAGCAAGGCCCCUGAGCUAGGUGACACGGUGUUCAUCGUGCUGCGGAAACAGAGGCUGAUCUUCCUGCACUGGUACCACCACAUCACCGUCCUGCUCUACUCCUGGUACUCCUACAAGGACCAGGUGGCGGGCGGCGGCUGGUUCAUGACCAUGAACUACCUGGUCCACUCGCUGAUGUACAGCUACUAUGCGGCUCGGGCGGCCGGCUGGCGUGUGCCCCGGCAGUUCGCCAUGCUCAUCACCACCACCCAGAUCGUGCAGAUGAUGAUGGGGCUGGCGGUCAGUGGCCUGGUGUACAUGUGGAUGCAGGAGGGCCUCUGUCCCUCUUACCUGGACAACAUCGUGUGGGGCUCACUCAUGUACCUCAGCUACCUGCUGCUCUUUGCUUCCUUCUUCUACCAGUCCUACCUCAAGGGAGGGAAGCGCCCCAAGGCAGACUAGGCCGCCAAUCACCGGG